AUGUCACAGACAAGCGCCAGUGCUUACCAGCAAACGCUUCGUCAGGCCCGGGACUCGUGCUCGACACCGUUCGACACCUUGCCCUGUUUUCGCAGCGAUGUCACCUUUGUGCUGCACCUCGCACACAACUCGUCGCUGACAUUCGUGUUCGCACGGAAUUGUCUCGCAUUCGUCUCGCCGUCCGUAGCCGAGAACGUCUUUGCUCAAGUAUUUAUUUGGCGAAGAUCCCCGGAGGCUGCAGUGAGCAACUUCGGGGCCACCAUCAGACAUUUGUGGUGCACUUUCGUCGAUCCGAACCUGUGCAUGCGGUCAUUUGGCGGCCUCAAGCAUGCUGGCUCGUGCCGCUCGUUCGCGAACGAUGACCUCGUGAACAUCAUCCAGAAGGCGACCGAGGUCAUUGCAGUCGCACACCAUGCACGGUGCUACCCCGCCAUCUUCCGCGUCGUCGAGAUCCUGGGCAUGGCGCAGGGCCCGCAACGGGGCGCACGCUCGAUGAACGAGUUCCGAACGCUCCACGGCUCGAAGUCGUUCGCGGACCUCGAGGACUGGAACCAGGACCCUAAGAUCGCAGGCGUGGCGCGCCAAGUCGAGGCGACGAUGCCGCUCGCCCACGGCUCGAGCAUCUGUUGCAGGUGCACGACGAUGCGCGCGAUCGUGGGAGGCGCGAUCCAUCACCGCUGUUACCUUCGAGUUACUCCCCGCGCUCAGCUCAUGAAUCUCACUCAAUCUCACUUUCCCGACGCCCCACCACCAUCUCUCCAUGUGACGGCCCCCUGCGACUUUAGUGGGAGCUUUCUCCGCACUGCAAAGCUUGCGCAUCUGAGAGCUUAG